AUGGCUCUUGACAGUGCUUGGAAUGAGCUCGACAAGACAGUGAAGACUAUUGUGUCCUCGCAUCAUAAGAGUUUCCGCCGUGACCAGAAUGACCUGUGCAUGGGCCGCGGGAUUUUAUGCUACCAAUGUUCGAACUUAAAUGCAUGGAACACCUUCUGCUGGAAGAAGCGCCAUGAAGACAAGGAGAAUGGGGCCAUGGGCAAGACUGUGUUGCAAGAGCUCGUCAGUGAUGAGAACCGCGCUGAAUAUCGCAACCUUGCAAAAGACAAGAAGGUGCAGCUUUUGCAGGAGUACAGUGAGCACAAGGAAACGAAGACAACCGGCAUCUGCAUCUCAAUAAAAUUGAAGGUCAAUGACAUGACACAGACACUCAAGGCUGUCGAGAAUGAGGCAAGUGCCGAGAUCAUCAUCUACGUGACACAUGGCUCUACAGAUCUCCCACUCUGUGGUGUUGCCUUUGCAACUGAAGGUGUUGAUGAGUUCAUGGGCUCCAUGAUGAAUAUCAACAACCAGGAUCUCAUGAGUAAGAUGGAGGGGUUUGCCAUUCAGGGCGCUGCAAGAAACCAUAAAAAGCUCACCUCAGAUGUUCGGAGCGCAAUCCACCGUGAGAUCAACAGGACACUCUGUGAGUUCUUUGAUCCGUCGGUGCGGAUGCAUUGGGCGAACUACUGGUGGAGUGUCGUCCAGCGCUACCUUGUUGUCAUUGAAGCGCCCUACCUGAUUUGGAAGCUGGUGAAAUCUGUUGGAGGCACCUGGAAGAAGAAGGUCAACAGCGGUGACAUUGUCGAUAAAUGCCGCCGGACCCGCUCAGACAAAGGGAAGAAAUGCGGGGCUUCCAACAAUUCUGGUCAUUGCAGGAAGGCAUAUAAGAGCAAUGCCACUGUCGUAAGCAAUGACGAGUUGGAUUCCCCCUGCGAGGAUACACCUCCUGUUAAUACUACCCCUUCUGGCCAUACAACAACCCUCGAGCUCACAUCAUCCACUCCUUCCACUAUCCCAAAUCCACCAUCCACCUCUCCCGCUAUCCCAAAUUCGCUUUCGCCUGAGCUCACGUCAACAGCCGGCGGUCUUGGUCAAUUCAUCAACAACAACGCAGUUAGCAUGUCGAGCAUCUUGCCUGCAGGUAGCAUUGGUGCUAGUCCAUCCAUGAGCUUGGGGUCAUCUGAAUUCAACUUCAACAAAGCUUUGGCUAAUCUAGAUCAAGAUUAUGGAUCUGUGCUAGACUUUAUGAACUGUUAG